AUAUUCUUCCCGGUACACAAUAAAUUUGUGAAAACAAUCAUUCCAGGAAUAUGUCAGCCAUCUGUAGCCGAUCUCGUAUUUGUGCUCGAUUCAUCCGCGAGUCAAACAAAAGAAGAAUUUGGGAAACAGCUGGAGUUGAUUAACAAUUUUAUUGACCAUAUUGUAAUAGGAGAAAAUAACCUUCAAGUAGGUGUUAUAACAUAUUCGUUUGAAGCGGUUACUGAGAUUUCUAUAGGACAGUAUAACGAUAAUGUCACACUUAAAGAAGCGGUAAGAAAUAUCAAAUACAGACCUGGAGCGACUUUUACUGACAAAGGCCUUAAAGCUGCAAAGGAACUAUUUGACAGUACAUCUAAGAAUAGACCAUAUGGACAUAUUGCUAAGCGAUAUGUGUUUGUGUUGACGGAUGGUAUGUCGACCAAAAGAAAAGCUACAGUCAAGGCCGCGGAAAAUCUAAAGUCUACAGUGAACAAGGUCUUGGCUAUUGGGGUAGGUAAAGAAGUGUCCCAUAUUGAGUUGCUUGCCAUAGCAUCUAAGGAAAAUACGGCUACAGGACGUUCAUAUGUCUACUCUGUUCAAAAUUUCAAUGCAUUGUACGCAGUUGUGAAAGAGUUGGUGCAAUUAACGUGUGACGAAUGCUCAUGGACGACCUCCUCGGACAUUGUAUUCCUACUAGACAUGUCACCGACAAUGUCAACUGACAAUUUCCAAACUGGUUUAAACGCAAUCACAUAUCUUACACACAAAACAUCUGAAAUGGAAACGGAAAACAAUACGGUCAGAAUUGCACUGGUGACGUAUGAAGAUGGAGCAGACACUCAGCUAAGGAGGGCUUUGAAUGACUCGGAAACAAAGCAACUGUUCUUAUCGUCGAUACAAAGGCUUGUUAUCUCAGACGGUAAUUGUCAAUCUGAUAGACACACGUGUGAAACUUCAAAACUAACCGAUGCUUUAAAAUUUGCUGACAAUACUGUAUUUGACAACACUGUGAACAAAGGCGAUGACAGUCGAGAAAUUGUAAUAGUACUAUCUGAUGGGCAUGAACGUAUCACUGCUGAAAUGAAUACCGAAUUAGAUAAGAUAAAAAGGGUGGGCAGGUCUGUCUAUGCCAUAGCGUUAGGCGCAAGAGCAAAUAUAGGAAAUCUACAGGAUAUAGUGGGGGACCCAGCGCUAGUUUUUUCAGUCUACGACGAAUUUACAAUAAAUUCUUUAGAUGCUCUUACGGCAGAAUUCUUUUUCAGUUCUUGUGAUCUUACAAAUGACUUUCUUGACGGCAGCUAAACGAAACUUAUGCGAUUUUUUUCUACUUUUGUAGCGUCUACUUUUCAUAAAGUUGCCGUACAUGAAAAAAAAAGCGUUUGAUAGUGUCUUACCAUUGUUGUUUUCAUCAACGAAGUAUGUAAACGGAUUGACUAAUAGCUUCUCGUGUCCCUGUUGAAGAAACAGAUGCAAGUUAUUGAGCUAUACACACAUGUUGGACUUAAAAACAACUAAGAAUCAAAAGUAUAGUUUUUUUCGCCUGACUGUAAAUAUCUUUCUUUGUUACUUGCCUAAUGCAGAAGUACCGAGUACGGUUUCAUAUACAAUAACGCAGUCCUUUUUAUACCCCAGUCACACUUACGGCGCGGAUAGCUACGGUAGCAGGCUACACUUCGAAUUUUGCCCCCGUCAAUAUUUGUUAUAAAUAGAACUUCGUGAUUUUGGAUGUCUGUAAAUUAAGGUGAGAGAUAAUGAUUAUUAAUUCUUUAGAAAAUUUAUACAGCCGAUACAUGUAAAAUUCUGAUGUCAGUUGGAAAACUAACUGCUGGUAGCUUUGUAUGAUCAAUGAGACACCUUUUCGCGGAAAAAUUCAAAUCACGGAAGGGUUCUGUGCUUGUUGAUUGAUACUCAGGAACAUUUUCGCUAUUUUGUGAAAAAAACGAGCUGGAUGGGCCCCCAUUCCGUUUAUGUCCUGGCGUUCAGUAAGGACUAUUAAAUUGAGAAAUGCAAUAAAAUUGGACAUCGUUCUUGCAGCGGGAUCAUUGCAGGCUGUUCAAAAGGCGCAAAAUUGAUGAUUUUGGCAUGCUAUUUUUCAUGGAUGGUGUAAACCUUUUGUUUUGAUAACUUUCUUUAUUCUUGUAUGAGAAUCCUGAUCUUGCCAUUAAUUAAAAGCACAAAACAUGCACGCAAUUUAUAAGGUGGCUACACUAAUUCUGCUCACAAGGGAAGUGCAAUAUUGCGACUCGCUACAUGUAAGACCGUCCGUGCCCAAAAUUUUCGCGUCUAAGUGUACCUUGCUACCUUACGUCUAGACACGGAUAGAAACGUAGUAAUCCGUAUCGAUCCGUUCCUGAGCUGUACGGAUUGUUACGGAUUGAUACAGAUUACUACUUUAAGGUACGACUACGGUACGAAUCGAUACGGAUUACUACGUUUCCAUCCGUGGCUAGACGUAUCUAUCCUCGCCGUAUGUGUGACUGGGGUAUUAGUGGAGCUGUGUUUCUUGAACGUGGCUUUUUUCUAAUGCAUAACUGCUUAUUUUUUGUGUGUGGAAAUUAAUCGGAUAUUUUGUCUCUUAUUACGACAAGUUUAAGACAUAAACAUUCUACUGCUUUUACAUUUCUUAAUAGUAUUUAAACUGGAUCUACAUUUUUCGUAAAUUUUGAUAUUAAGCAAUGUUCCUUAGUAUACAUUCAAUUUGUAGGGGUUUCUUUACUUGUCACAUGAUAAUCUUGUCUUGAAAACAUGUUAAAAUGUUUGAUUCAAACGACGCACGUCGCCGGACGACAAAACAUCAUACAUCUGUGGUUCACCGCAUUCCAUACGGUGUCAAAAGUUACAUAUUAACUUUAGAAUUGAACAAACAAUAAAAUACACGAAAUAAAAAAGAAAACGUGUUUGUUCUUGGCGAAGGAAAACAAAUUUUUUUUUUAUUUUCGAAACACCAUGCAUCAAAUUUUCAAGCCUUUGUUGACACUACAUGACAAUAUUGCUUCGACAAUUGUUUUAUGUAUUUGGGUGUUAGGGGAUUACAUAAACCAUUAAACGGUAGAUUUAAUAAAGCUUGCAAUUUUGACAAGAAAAGUGUGCUUUAUUAUGCACUUAUAUGGAUACGGAUGUAAAAAGUAAAAUAAUUUUCAAUGUGAGUCACCCAGUUUACCCACUUUACUCUCCCGCCCACUUAGCUCAACAGGGAGAGCACAGAACAUGAGUUUGAUAAAGACAUUAAUUGUGUCUGAAAUAUUUCGUUCUCCACCUCUGAUGUUUUUUUUCAAUUAUAUUGUAACAGAUAAGUUAAAUACGUUUUUUUUAUUAUCGACAUUACAAACCAGAGAAGAAAAUUGUUGAAUGUUAAUAACCAGAUAAGGGGUCGAGGAGGGACAACUGUGGGAUGAGAGAAUAAAACGGAUAAAUAAUGAAUGAAUAAUUUUUAUCGGCACAGAAAGAACAUUUACAGCCGACAUUAAAAGAGCAAAGCAAGAAACUAAUAUUUAUGGUUAAUGUAGUAUGUUCUUUCGAAAAUGUGUCCCACAAAAAGAAUACAAUUUGUGUUUAUAUGAGUCUAAUGUUCUUAAACUUGUCAUAGUACAGUCAUCCAAGACGAUUCGGGUAACUGCACCACUUGAGGGCACCUGAAAAUAUGUUCAAUGGCAGGUUUUGUCAUAGAGAUAGAAUUUGUUCAAGUACGAAUUAUUAGAAGGUUUUCCACGUGGUGCAUUUCAAUGUGUCGGUUUUGAAUUGAGUAGUGACAAUUAAGAUUAAAUCUUGAACUAUUACUUUCAUACAAUGUAAGCGUGGCUCUUUCAUUCAUCUAAAAAAGAGAAAACUACACUUACACUUUGCACUUUGCUUAAUUAUUAUUGAUGUACGAAGAAAAUGUUGCCAUAUUCAUUUUCCAUAUUUUUCUGAUUGGCACGAAGUGCUCAUGGUGAGCUAAUGUGAUAACGCUGUGUCCGUCGUCCGUCGUCUGGAAAAAGUGACAUCUGAUGGCAAAGAGAGUCAUUGCUUGACAGCUAUACUUAUGUUUGGAUAUGGUACAACAAUACAUGAAAACAAACGGACAUUCCUGAUGAAAGGUAUCGAAAAAUUAGCAUAGCUGUCAAACAAUGACUCUCUUUGCCAUCAGAUAUCACUUUUCCAGGUAUAUAGACAGACCAUAAGAAAAAAUGUCACGUUAAAAAGCAUUGAAUUAUUUUUCUUGAUUACUUGUAUCAAUCUAAUUAAUUUUAUACUUAAAGGCAUUCGAUUUAACAUUUAAACCAGUUUAGAGGGUAAAUAGAAAUAACACAAGUGCAUAGCCACACCGGGAGAGGAACGUUCCAACGUAAGCCAAGUCUCAACGAUGGUUGGUUAUGGUAUAACUCAGUAUGACACGGUUGAUAUAAUUUUCAUAUAUGAUAAUUACUUUGAUUACAUUUACUUCUUUUUUUGCAUUAACAUGUAUUCAGAUUCUAAAUGUAAUCGCAUAAAUUCAUUAAAACAUUUAGAUUUUAAAAA